AUGUCAGCGGACCAAAAGUUGGGAGAGGGAACAUUUAAAGUCCAAGGACAGAUAUCACGAGAUGGCAACUUUUUGGAGGCUGAGGUAGGUGAACUUACACUAAAUGACAUCAAGAAGAUACACGCACAUAUAUCGGGCCGUAAGCUACAUGAGAAGGAAGCUAAGAAGUCAGACGAUGAGAAAAAAGCGGACGAGAAGAAGACAGCUGGAGCGCUUGAGCUCAACGGAAAAGUCACUUUCAACAAGCAUUCGAGCGCAGUCGGGAGUCUGGCUUUUAUGAGUGACAGGGUGACGGUCCAAGGUGCCAUCUUAAACGUCAAAGUUCCUGACACGGAGAUCGUGAUCGAGAAGGCGGGAUUGGAAAUCUUUUUUGGAUUCAAGUCUAAGAAGAUCGAGGAGAAGCUAGAUGAGAAGAGUGAUGAUGGCAACAACCCAACUGGUGAGAACAAAACCGAGGCAUCCGGCAAGGAUUAA